UCUCUUCUGCUCCUCCUUCAAUGCAAUAUAAUUUCUUCACACAACUGCGCGCUCUCUGACCACCUGCUCCCUUUCUUUUGUUUGCAUCUUCUCUCUCAGUAAAAAUAGCAAACACCUUCUGAGCAACCCACUCUAGCCUUCUGGCGUUGCAGAGAAAAAAGAAGAGAAACAGUAAGUAUAGCUUGGAAUCUCAACAAGGGUUUGUCAAGGACACGGGGAAGAUAAAACAACAUGGAAGGAAUCAAAGGAGGUGGCGGUGGCGGUGGCGGUGGCGGUGAUGGUGGAGGUAGAGUUGUCGUCGGCGAAGACGACAUGGGAGAUUCAAUGCAAUGCAGUGAUCAUCCUUAUAGAAACAACCCAGGUGGGAUCUGCGCAUUCUGUCUUCAAGAAAAGCUUGGCAAGCUUGUUUCGUCUUCAUUUCCUUUACCUGUUCGUGGGCCUUCUUCUUCGUCUUCCUCUCCUUCUGUUAGAUCUGAUAUUGGAAGUAGUGCUAGCGCUAUUGGUACUACUGGAACUUCUUCAUUUUCACUUGCAGUCCGUCCCACAACACGAGAACACCAAGAGUUCUACGCAAGGCGGAGCAGGAUUCCAUUUCUUUUAGCGAAGAAGAAGAAGAAAACUACAGCUUCAUCGCAAUCCGAUCGUGACAUUGUUUUCAAGAGAAGCAAAUCCACUACAACCCCAAGAAGGAACCGUAAUUUCUUGGACAAUGACGAUGGAGACUACUUGAGCCCAAGAAAACGAACUGGGUUUUGGUCCUUUCUGUACAAGACGACCAACAAUGGCAAGAAAACGGAGAAGAAGAUUACAUCAUUCAGUGCAGUAACAGCGGUGACAACACCAGCAGCGUCGGCAGUGAAACCAAAAGAGAGGUGCUUGGGGUCUUCCUCGUCAAAGAGAGGAGAUAAUACUCACAACAUUGUGGUGGAGGAGGAUGAUGAAUUUAGCCCCAAUAGCCAAGCCACUGCCUCUGCUUCAUCGUUUGAAAGAAAAGUUUCAAGAUCCAGAUCUGUGGGUUGUGGUAGCCGGAGCUUCUCCGGUGACUUCUUUGAGAGAAUCUCAACUGGGUUUGGUGAUUGCACGCUCAGAAGAGUUGAGUCACAAAGAGAAGGCAAGCCCAAGAACCCACCAGGAGUGAUGAAAGAGAGAGUAAAAUGUGGUGGAUUAUUUAGUGGGUUUAUUAUGACUUCCUCAUCUUCAUCAUCCUCCUCUUCAUCUUAUUGGGUCUCAUCAUCAUCUGCUGAAGACAUGAAUCGCAAAUCAACAACUGCAGUGACAGCAGGGCCUCAUCUAAAUGUUCAUGGUAGAAGUAAGAGCUGGGGUUGGGCAUUUGCUAGUCCUAUGAGAGCUUUCAGUACCAAACCCUCUUCAAAGGAUGGAAAUAAGAGAAACAGCAUCAUCAGAGAAGCUUCGAGUAAGAAAACUACACCGGAUUUGAAUGCCAUUCCUUCUUUGUUGGCUGUGAGAAGCUAAACGAUCACCAUACUCAUAAUUACAUUUUGGUUAUUAUAACUGUUCAUUCCCCUGCGUGAUCAUCUUCAGUUUCUUGUUCUCAGACUCGGUUGUGUUAUAGCUUUGUAUUUCAAUGUUUUUGUUAUUAGUUUCUUUUUCUUGGGUGAGUUAAAAAUUCAAUCUUGAAUGCCACAGCAGAACCCAUGAAGGAGAAGGAACUGUAUGAGAACUGUAUGUUUGACCAAAUAUUGAUUAUGAUGUAUUGUGAUUAGGUGGGUUGUUUUACUUGAUGAAUCUCAAUCUAUCUGUAUUCUUUAAUAUAUUUUGCAGAAUUUAUU